CUUGUAUUACAUUCGUGCAGUGUAUUUAUAUAGUUGAUCCACAAUGCCUCCAAAAGAUGAUCCCGAAACGGCUGCAUUAAAAACCGAGUUACAAGGGAUUUAUAAUAAAAUUCUUGAAGAUCAAAAAGCUAAAGCUGAUACAACUUUAGAAGCUGCCUGUGGAUCUUUAGGCGAUGUUCCAAAAGUGCGUAUGUCCACAAAAAAAUUCUUAAAAGGUCACAUUAAUAAAGUCAAUUCGGUGCAUUUUAGUGGAGAUAGUAGACAUUGUGUUACCGGUUCUUUGGAUGGUAAACUUAUUAUUUGGGAUACAUGGACUGGAAACAAAGUUCAAGUUAUUCCACUACGUUCAUCAUGGGUUAUGAGUGUUGCAUUUGCUCCGUCGGGUAAUUUUGUUGCUUGCGGUGGAAUGGAUAACAUGUGUACGGUUUAUGAUGUGAAUAAUCGUGAUGCAACAGGAGCUGCAAAGCUUGUUCGAGAACUGGCUGGUUACGAAGGUUUCCUAAGUUCAUGUAGAUUUUUAGAUGAUAAAACAAUUCUCACUGGUUCUGGUGACAUGAAAAUUUGUACAUGGGAUUUGGAAUCUGGACGCAAGACAUCUGAUUUUGAGGCACAUGGAGGCGAUGUGGUGUCAAUUAGUUUAAGUCCAGACUUUAAAUCGUAUGUAACAGGCAGUGUUGAUAAAACUUGUAAAGUUUGGGAUGUUCGUGAAGAAGUUGCGAAACAAACAUUUUUUGGUCAUGACUCUGAUGUGAAUUCUGUUUCUUUUCAUCCAAGCGGGUUUGCUUUUGCUACUGCCUCAGAAGAUAAAUCAGCACGUUUAUAUGAUAUACGGUCUGAUCAACAAAUAGCAAAAUACGCUUCCCCAUCGGGAACAGCAGGAUUCACAUCAUGCGCAUUAUCAUUAAGUGGACGUCAUUUGUUUUGUGGCUCGGAUGAUAACCAUGUUCAUAUUUGGGAUACGUUAAAAACUACACAUACGGGUACUUUAUCUGGCCAUGAGAAUCGUGUAACAUCCGUUGCAAUGUCUCCAAAUGGUAUGGCAUUAGCUAGCUGUAGUUGGGAUAAUAAUGUACGAGUUUGGGUAUAAUUUAGAUUUUAAUAAAUAAAAUUAUAAAACCACCUUUAUCCAAGUUUAUGCAGUAGUUUUUACAGCCAUUCAAGGAUUCGAGAAAUUUUCUAUUUAAUAGUAUUCUUAAUAAGCUAUUUAAAUAGUUUGUUUAACAAUGGAUAGGUCACAUUUCUAAUAAUGUUUUCCUAUAGAAAUUUUGAAAUGUUUCAUGAGUGCUUAUGUGUCUUGCUUGAUGUUAUGUUCAUUUAACUCAACUACACAUUUUGGUAUCCGCAACCAACUAAUUUAAUUAACGGCUGUUAAUUGAACAGCUACUUAAACUAGUUGGCUGCGACAUAUAUAUAAUAUAGAAAAAAAAAUCGGACACUUUUUGUUUCGUUAAAAAUACACAAAAAUUGUUGGUACGUAACUUUGUUAUUUUAAAAGGACAAAAAAGUGAUUAGAAUAUGUGUUGCACCAAUUUACUUUAAGACUCGAAAUGUUUCCAAGUGUUCCUUUGGCCUUCUUAUUAAAACUGUUGAUAUCUUUAGAGUGUUCCAUUUUCCCCUUACAAUUUGAUGUGUGCAUUUCAUAGGCGUACAAUUUUAGGACAUAGAUAGGAAAAAUAGGACUCUCUAAUGAUCAUAAUUGUUUUCAUAAAAAGGCCAAGGCCAGAACAGCUCACUACGAGUCUUCGAAUGAAUUGGAGUAACACAUCUUCAAAUUCACUUCUUUGACCAAGAGGACCAAGGAUAAAAAAGUUACAUGCCUGCAAAUAUGGCGUAUUUUUAAUAAAAAAUUGUCGUGUUUUUAUUUUUCCCGAGUAUAUAGAAAUGUAUCCAACUACCUGAUUGGGUAACAGAAAAUUAAAUGACAGAAUAAAAAACAAAAAUUUAGGGCUGAGAGUUGCAAAGAUUGGUCGUAGAUUUCGCAUCAAAGAAACUUUACGAUAUUUUAUGAUUUAUAGAAAGUUCUUUUAACGUUUAGAACAAUGUAUUAUUAACAACUCUACUAAUUGUCAUUAUCGAUUGUAAUUUCUGUCAUAAAAAUCCAACGCCAUAGUUUUAAGUAAAUUUGUAAACGUAAUUUAAUUAGUAAAUUUUAGUAUAAUGGUUAGUAUUAUGGGUUUCAAAUACUUCAGCAUAUUGAAGGCAUUCUUGUGUUCCAGUAUAAAGUUCAAAAUAUACCAUAUAAUUAUUAUUUUAAUUGUUCUAGAAUCAUAUUUUAUUAAAGAAGUUUAUAUAGUCUAAGAGACGACCGUAUAAGGUCG